UCCACAGCGCCGCUUUGCUGCUGUGAGCACGUGCGCAUCGGCGUCGGUGUGUUCGCGACUUCAUCUCGCCACUCGUCCUGCAUACUUGCUCAAACAAUAACCAUAAGGUGUAUUGUAUAUCUAUUUUAGCAAAGCGCUCCUAUAUCUAAUACGCGUUCUAUACAAGCUCUUCACCCACUCCCACCCACCCGCGAUCACUGCCCGCAGCACCGCGCGUGCACCAAAAGGGAUCUCAAGUUUUGCUUCCCCUAUAGAGGGUUGUGUGGCCGUGUUGUGCGGUUUAGGCGACCCAGACAUACGCCGAUUGCAUCCGUCUCCUGACCCAGAAAGCCCUCCGUGCUCUCCGAGAUGAACCGCCUGCUGCUUGCGAGCCUCUGCGCCUGCCUGGUUGCCGUGUCGUCCCUUCCCGUGCCGGCGACUUUGCUGACAACAGAUGAUGGCGUGGCGAGGUGCGUCGGUGAGGUGGUCGCUCGCGCCAUCUCGGAAGCCAGCCCUGCGCCCGCCACGGAAAACUGCCUCCGCGUGUUGCGAGAAGAUGAAAGAAUUAAUGGCUUUCUUCACCGUAAAGAUUUAAUCCAAGUGCUGCAGCAACUCUCCAGGCACGAUGAACUAAUCGAAGCUCGACGCCAACAAGAGGCCCAGAGAACGGCGGUGCCGGACGCCGGAGCCAAUCGCCCGGUUGAAAGUGACAAAGGGGGAGAGGAUCCGCUGGGAGGCACGGGAGAGUGGGUCCAGCACAGCGGGGAGGGGGCGCGUGAAGGGGUGGCAGGAACGGGGAGAGCGACCACGGGAGAACGCGCGCAUCUCGUCAAGCAGGGGAGACCAGGCAAUGAGGCUACACAUGACGACGACGACGAUGAUGAUGAUGAUACAUCGGCAGCCGUCGAUAAAAAAAACGUAAAUUACAGGAACCGCGGUGGGAGCCGACGCGGAAGUGAAGGUCUUGGAAUCGAGGAGAGGAAUGUUGAGACGGGAUACGAUCUGCGUGGAGAUGGCCUUGAGCACAACGCCGCUGAGCCUCGCGUCGUCACGAAGGACGACGUCGUCGGCGAUGACGACGACGACGACACCCGCGAACGUGCCCGUGGGGAUGGGGCGACGCGGUCGAUUGAAAAAGAAGACGGCGAAGUCGGCCGAGAUGAUCAAACCAUUGGGGGGCAUCACGGCGGGGCGAGAUUUUCUCAGCAGCCCAGCGACGAACGCGAAAGCGAACGACCCGCGCCGCUGACGCUUUCUGAACAGGAACGGAACGCGGCUCCUAACCACCGCGAAGGCGACGACGACGACGACGACGAUGACGACGACCGCCACCAGAAUGCCGAUGGAGGCCAUGGAGAGGCAGAGGAAGGGAGAAGCUCGAGGGCAACGGAUCUGCGAGCCGGCUUGCGUGAGCGCCGUGGACGAGAGGGCGAGUCGGAGGGCGAGAAGGUGGAGGAGGAGCUCAUACGGAUGACUCUACAGAGCGUUGGUGGGAAGGUGAGCAUGGGGGAGGAACCCGCGCGCCAUUCGGGCUCCACGGGGGGUCCCAGUCGAGAUGCCGCAGAAGAUGCCGCCGCCGCCACCGCCGCGUUGCUUCCUGCGGAGAGGGAACGGAGCGACGACACGCCCGGCGUCAUGCUGGCGCUUGGCGACGCCGUGGUUGCAAAGCGAGAAUCUGCUGCUGCUGCUGGUGGUCGUGGUGGUACCGCCGCCACACGCCAGGCGGGAAGGGAGAUCGGCUCGGAGGGAUUGGUGGGAAAUCCUCACGGUGCCGCGGAUCGUGGCAGUCGUGCGGCGGCCUGGAGCAGCAGCGAAGAGGACAAAGAACUCGCAGAAAUCGCAGCGAUCGAGUUGGAACUGGAGAACAUCGUUAACAAAAUUGAAGAUCUCAAGAGAGGGUAAACGUGCUUAAGUGCUUGGUCACUGUUAACUUUUUUCUUAAAUUAUCUUUUUGGAAGAUUUGAAAACCGGGUGGUUUGGGAGAUUUGUAAACACUUUUAAUAGUUUUUUUUAAUAUAUAUGAAGUAUUGAAGCAACAAAAAAGAACUGAAAGUUUGAUGGUAGCGCAUUUUGUUGACUCGCUCGUAGAGAGAGGCUAUACUUUGUACAUGCCCUGUGUGCUAUAGAUUUAAUCACUUUCAAUCGCACACGGGAGAAGUGACAAUCGUUUCAACCCUUUCCCAUUCCAAUGAUGUACGUCAUCCGUUUUUCAGGAAGAAAAACCAAAAUUGAAAGUAACUUUAUCGGUACCGAGUCUCCCACAAGGCAAUGCGGGAGGGCGUGUGGCACAGUUUUUGGCGCCGGUUAUCGUAGUGUGGUCGUGUCGCCACAGUCUCUGCGGUGAGCGCGAUGUCAUUUAAAAACAUCUUCGCCACGCCUCUCUCAAUAAAAUGAACGCGAAACCGAUUGCGCGUUCCGAAAUUCGGCGGUGAACGGGUCGCCCGUCCGUCCUGCAACUCGAGACGCGCGCUCGGGCGAUGCAGUAACACCAUGCCCCCCUGGGUGCGUCGACCGAUGUGCCGAUGUGAAAGAGCGGCACGUGACAAUCGUGCUUCGACUUUCCGUCCAAACGCACGUUGGGUCACAACGGCUCCUGCUGACUUGAAACCCGUCUUGGCAGGCGUCUGUGCGUUUGUGUGCGCGCCGUUUCCUGUACGUUUUGUGUCUUUUUUGUUCAUGGGUUCUCGUCUCUGUGGUGUUAGAGGUGUGCAGUCGCAGAACAAUGCGUACAUUACACAAACGCAUUAUCACUCGCUUGUCCUCCUUCUGUGCGUU